CUGAAAUGACGUAAAAAAAAUAAUUUAGGAUUACGAGGGUGCUACCCUGAUGGGAUGUGAGCUGAAUCCUAAGAUCGUGUAUGUAGAGUUCACCGCCGUUGUCCGCCGUCAGAAGGAGAUCUUGAAGAAGUUGGUGGAGAGAAAACAGGCGGAGAUAAGGAAGGUUCAUUCGGGACUAACCUGCUUCAGGGACGGAGUAACUGAGAUUCCAGUAGAGAGUAUCCCAGGGAUCCUUGAGACAGGAUACACUCCACCUCAGGCUAAAAAUACAAGGUCGAGUGAAGACAAGAUGGACCAGGAGACCCUGUACAACACCCUCAAGGUGAUUCUCCAUGCUUGCAAGACCUUCCAGUAUGCCUGGCCGUUCCUUAACCCUGUUGAUAGAAAGGCUGUUCCUGACUACUACGACCACAUCAAGUUCCCGAUGGAUAUGAAGUCGAUGGGUGAACGGUUGAAGGCCAACUACUAUGUGAACAGAAGGCUCUUCAUCGCAGAUAUGAAGAGAAUGAUCACCAACUGUAAGGCAUACAAUUCCCCUGAAACAGAAUACUUCAACUGUGCUACACACCUGGAGAAGUUUUUCUUCACAAAACUACGAGAUCAUGCGCUGCUAUAGAUAAACACCUGUUAAUGUACGAUGUAUAAUGUACAGAGAUUUUUCUUCAAAACUUCGAGAUCAUGCACUGUUUAGGCCACCACUAGUAGUGUACGAUAAACAUAGUUUUCUAAACAAAGCUACGAGAACAUUCUUUGCUUUAGUUUAACACCAGCACAUUUUACAAUUUUUACAGUGUAAAUUGUAAAUUAAUGUAAAAAACGUUAUGUGCAUUGCAAGUUAGAAGUUGUAAACUGUACAUUGGACAUUCAUGCAGUUCUUGGGAUCCAUUUCAUUUUAACUCGGAUCGGAAUCUGGAUGCAGCUAUUAAAUAUUUUUUUUAAUGAUGCUAAUUUCUUUUCCAAGAAAUAUUAUACCGGAAAUUUUUGUGUUUGCAAUAUAUUAUGCGGAAACUUGAUUUACUAUUAAAUGAUUUUUUAGGGUUUAGUUGUUGACACUAAAAUGUGUAAUAUGAGAAAAAAAAAUUUAAAAAAUAUUUUUGGUUGACAUUUUGCUGCUUGGAUCCGGAUCUGUAUCCAAUAAACUAAAAUGUUCAAUGGAUUCUAAGCCCUGGUGCAAAGUAUAUCCUCUGAUGUUAAUACCUUAUGAGAAGUAAAUGUACAAUGUACAGUUAUUUGUAGCUUCUCUGUAAUUAUUUUACUAUUUGUAAAACUUUGUUCAACGCUUUUGUACAUCAUUCAUGUUCUUUUAUUUCUUCCUAGUUCACGAAAUUACUUUAUUUUUUUUGGGGAAUAGUUAAUGUUUAAUUCACUUUAAGUAGAUAAUUUUCACGCGUUUGAUUUUAAUUAAAGAAGAUUAGACAUGUUCUACAUGUUUAAUUUUUGUCAACAUAUGUACUUGGACGUCUUAUUCAGUAGACAUUUCAUACAAGUUUAAUCUUAAUUUAUCUUAAAGGGACUGUAAGCGUAAUUUCAAAUGACCCUCCACGAAAAAUUGACAAUCUUAUUUACAGUUCUACCGGCCUUAAAAGCUUUGUCUGAUCAAGCAUGAAAUAGACAAAACUCAUGAUUUUUAAUUUUAAUUUCUCUGCAAAAGUGGCUUGCGCAUUUUUACUGCACUGCAGGAGAACGUACAUUGAAUUUUAUGAAAA